GAGGGGGCCGUUGCCAAGCCGGGCGAGGCUGUUCGGUCCCGGCGCUGAGCCGUGCUCCCAUCGGGGCUGCAGUACACAGCGCCAACUCUACCCCCUUUCCUCUCAAACCAAUAUAUAAAUGUUCGGCGCCCGACGCCGCGCCCACUCAAGACUCAGCUGCUCUUUUGGCGCGAUAGUAGAGAGCGCCGCAUUUUAUCGUCGAAAGUGCGGGAGUCGCGAGACAACGAGAGAAGAGCCUUCGGACACUUGUCGGCGCGAAGGGCCCGUAUCGUGGCAAAAGGUCCGGCGGCGGCCCUACACGACGACUCGGCGGCCAUUCGCGUAGCGGAGAUCAUGGAACUCAAAAGCUUGAUCGUUCUUGGAGCAGCCCUGGUCGUCGCAUCAGGCGCUCGGGCGAGCUUUGUGCAAUGCGAGGACAGAAGCUUGUGCCCCGACGGCGCGACGUGCUGCAAGAUUGACGAUAGGACAUGGGGCUGCUGUCCUUACGAGUUCGGCCAAUGCUGCAAGGAUGGCCUGCACUGCUGUCCGUCGGGCUACAGCUGUGACGGUGCCAACAGCAGCUGCACCCACAAAGUCACUCAACAGGGGCUCUUCGGGACGGUGCUUGAGCGGGUCUCACCGCUUGCAAGAGCACAGCGCGAUGAAGUGUCCAGAGGAUCGUUGGCAGGAAAUGUCCGCUGCCCUGACGGAAACUACUGCCUCGACGGCCAGACCUGCUGCCUCCUCACGUCCGGCCAUUACGGUUGCUGUCCGUACGCGCAUGCGCAGUGCUGCAGCGACCACACCAGCUGCUGUCCCGAGGGAUACCAGUGCAAGGUAUCGACCCACCAGUGUGUCCACGCGACAAGCAACCACACCGUGGCCAUGGCGAAGAAGGUCGAUCCUACACUCUUGAGCGUGGCCAGCCCGCGUAACGGUCCGCUAGUGAACAAAGUCCGCUGCCCUGACGGAAACUACUGCCCCGACGGCCAGACCUGCUGCCUCCUGACAACCGGCCAUUACGGCUGCUGCCCAUUUCGGCACGCCCAGUGCUGUAGCGACCACAAAAGCUGCUGUCCCGAGGGAUACCAGUGCAAGGUGUCGACGCACCAGUGUGUCCAUGCGACAAGCAACCACACCGUGGCCAUGGCUGCGAAGGUCGGCGUUGUUACGGGAGCGCCAAGACAAGUCGAAGUCGACGUUAGCGAACUGUCCGUACAGAAUGUCCGUUGUCCCGACGGAAACUACUGUCGCGACGGCCAGACCUGCUGCCUCCUGACAACCGGCCAUUACGGCUGCUGCCCAUUUCGGCACGCCCAGUGCUGUAGCGACCACAAAAGCUGCUGUCCCGAGGGAUACCAGUGCAAGGUGUCGACGCACCAGUGUGUCCACGCGACAAGCAACCACACCGUGGCCAUGGUUGCGAAGGUCGGCGUUGUUACGGGAGCGCCAAGACAAGUCGAAGUCGACGCUAACGAACUGUCCGUACAGAAUGCCCGCUGUCCCGACGGAAGCUACUGCCGCGACGACCAGACCUGCUGCCUCCUGACAACCGGUCAUUACGGCUGCUGCCCAUUUCGGAACGCCCAGUGCUGUAGCGACCACACCAGCUGCUGUCCCGAGGGAUACCAGUGCCAGGUGUCGAUGCACAAGUGUGUCCUCGCGACAAGCAACCACACCGUGGCCAUGGCGAAGAAGGUCGACCCGAUCGAUCCUACACUCUUGAGCGUGGCCAUCCCGCGUAACGGUCCGCUAGUGAACGAGAUCCCCUGCCCGGACGGAAACUACUGCCCCGACGGCCAGACCUGCUGCGCCCUCUCGUCCGGCCAUUACGGCUGCUGCCCAUAUCCGGACGCCGUGUGUUGCAGCGACCACACCAGCUGCUGUCCCGAGGGAUACCACUGCAAGGUGGAGACGCACGAGUGUCUCUUCAAGACAAGCAACCACACCGUGGCCAUGGUUGCGAAGGUCGGAGUUGUUAAGGGAGCGCCAAGACAAGUCGAAGUCGACGUUAGCGAACUGUCCGUACAGAAUGUCCCUUGUCCAGACGGAAACUUCUGUCUCGACGGCCAGACGUGCUGCCUCCUGACAACCGGCCAGUACGGAUGCUGUCCGUACGCGCAUGCGCAGUGCUGCAGCGACCACGCGAGCUGCUGUCCCGAAGGAUACAUUUGCAAGGUAUCCACGCGUCAGUGUCUGCACUCGUCCAGCAAUCACACCGUGCCCAUGGGCCAGAAGGUCCGGCCUCUAGUGCUUUCGGCGACGAAGUCUGCAUCGUCUGAGGUUACCGUAAGAGAUAAUCACCGCGCAGGUGAGCGAAUUAAAUGCCCUGAUGGAGCCUACUGCCAGGACACCCAGACCUGCUGCCUCCUGACGUCGGGGAGAUACGGCUGCUGCCCAUACGUUCACGCUGAGUGCUGCAGUGAUCAUAGUAGUUGCUGCCCCGAGGGUUACCACUGCAAAGUAUCUACCAAGCAAUGCAUCCAUGCUACAAGCAACCACACUUUUGCCGCGGCCCAGAAGGUCGACAGCAUUGUUCCCCAGCUUGGUGCACUGUCACCCCCGGUGUCUGACGGUAUUACGUGCCCCGACGGACACAAGUGCCUAAGCGGCCAGACCUGCUGCCAAGUAAAGAGCGGUAAAUACGGCUGCUGUCCGUUGCCCGAAGCCGUGUGCUGCUCGGACCACCGGACGUGCUGUCCCAAAGGCUACCAGUGUCGUGUGGCCACGCAGAUGUGCCAGCUGGCUGACCACUGGGUGCCUGCGGUGCUGAAGCUGCCGAGCUUCACGUUUGCUGCGUUGAUCGAAGCGGCUGCGCUCAACCAGGUGUGCCCGGACGGCAACGAAUGUGACGACGAGCAGACCUGCUGCCAGCUGCAAAGCGGCUCGUACGGCUGCUGCCCCUACAACCAGGCGGUCUGUUGCGACGACAGGGCGCACUGCUGUCCGGCGGGAUACACGUGCGACACGGAGGGCGGCAGGUGCCUCAAGGGAAGCCUGUCCUCCCCGAUGCGUCCCAUAGUUCCAAAGCGCCGCAGCAGGCCCAUGAACAGGAUCCUUGUGAACGAAGUGAAAACAACCUGCCCCGACCAGAGCAUUUGUCCGGACAAGAUGACCUGCUGCCAGUCUAACAGAACGUACGUGUGCUGUCCGUUUGACAAGGCCACCUGCUGCGCGGACGGGGAACACUGCUGUCCCGAGGGCUACCAGUGCGACGAGGCUCGACGCAUGUGCACACGCAAGCUCCGGCCAGUGGAAGUGCCGGCACUCGAAGAGUUCUCGAGCAACACGAAUCCGUAGAAGGAUCGCGCCUCCUCUAUGUUAUAAUGAGAAGGGGGGGGCUAAGAGUAAAACGCUACAAAAGAAAUUGAGAUUGCGAACGAGUCAGUUAUUGUGUUUUUUGAGUGAUCUUCCGAAGCACUUAUCCGAGAUCAUCAAGAGUCACCAUUGUGUGUUUCAAUUCUUUAAGUAAAGCGAUCUUUUUU